AUGGAAUCAUAAAGUAAUAUAUUGCGUUGUCUAGAUCACAAUGAAUUUGUUGUAUUUCUUGCAAGAUCUAAAUCAAUGUAAAAGACAAAAAAACUUUGCCAUAAAUGUGUCAUUGACAAAAAAAAGGAUUUAACCUUAAAAAGUUUAAUCUUAUUAGAUGAUGCUAAGAAAUAUCUUUAAGAAACUAAGUCUGGAAUAUUAGAAGAAAGAAAUUCACUAAAUAAUUAUAAUAUAGGAAUUUUAAAUGAUAUUAAAGAAAAUAUUGGGAAUCUUACACUAAACUUCAAUCUGUAAAUUGAUAAAAUAAAAGAAAAUAUAGACUCUGGGAUUAAGAUAAUUGAAGCAUCCGCAAUAAAAUUCUAAAAAGAAUUAAGUGAUAUUUCAUUAGAUCAAAUAGAGAAUAUCAAUACAGAUAAAAGCUCAAUUUUAUGCUAAUUCAUUAAUUAUAAGGAAUUAUAAUCUUCUCUUAUAAAUUAAAUAAGUAAUCUAUUUAAUAGUUAACUUUUGUAAAAGUGUUAAAAAUUAGUAUCAAGUUUAAAUGUUGGUGAAUAGAAUGAGACUUUGAAUUAACUAUUUAAUAUUGGGUCUUUUAUAGAUUAAUACACAGAGAUUAAAGCAGAUUGGAUAUGUGAUAAGCAUGAAAAAUAAAUAGAGUUUGUUGAUUUAUCUUAAUAAAAAAGUAUUCAAAAUAGAUUAGCCUGUCUUGAAUGUGUUCCUGAAUAUGUUAUAUAAUACAAUAAUUUAGGAUAAUUACAAAAGUAGUGGGAGAAGUAUACUGAAUAAGCUUUAACAUUCUUUAAUGUUUAUUAAACAAAUUCUUCAAGUAAAAAAGCAUAAAUAAUACUCUCAUUGAAAGAUUUUAGAAAAGUAAUUUUGAAGUUAUUUGACUAAUCAAUUGAAUCAAUUUAAAUCAAAUCUUAAUUAGAAAAUGACGAUUUAGAAUAUCAUCAUAAGUUACUAUAAAAAACAUGGCAGAAAUUAAGUAAAGUAGAUCUAAUUAAUAUUGUUGAUCUUCUGAGUUCUUAAAAUAGAUUAGCUCUAAUUAAUCACAUGAUAGAAUAAGAAUUUUAAACCAAAGAUUAAGCUAUUGAUUCAAUCAUAUGUUCUCAAAUGCAGCAACUCUAAAAUUUAAUAAACUCUACUUUUUCAUAAUCUAUUACAUCCACCAUAAAACCAUUCACUGGAAAUGAAAAGCUUAAUAAGAAUAAGAUUGAUGUUGAAUCAUAAAUUUAAUAAUAAUUCUCCUUAUAAUCAUAAAUUGUCACCCUUAAGUUAUAACUUAAUAAGCAAAUCAUUUACCUUAAAUUUUCAAGCCAUUUAAUUAUGAACUAAUCUCUUAAAUUUCAGAAACAAGUAAAUGUAGAACAUUCGCAUUUAAUAAUGAAUAAUCGAUAAUAAUUACUGGAUAAGAUGGUGGAUCAUUAAAGGUCUUUGAAUUCAAUGCAGGAUAAUUAAAAGAAAUUUAAUUACUUAAAGAACAUUCAAGUUACAUUCAAUGUUUAUAUUUCAUGCAAAAAUCUUCUUUUUUUUUAUCUGCUGGUAAUGAUAAGUAGAUAAUAAUUUGGUAGGUGAAUAGUUAAAAAUAAUGGUAGAGUUAUCAAAAAUUAGAAGGUCAUACUGAUAGAGUUAAUUGUUUAAUAAUGAACAAUAUAGAAGACUGUAUCAUAUCUGGUAGUAACGAUAAAACUAUUAAGUUUUGGGUUUAAGAGAAUUAAUUAUGGAAAUGCAAUUAGACGUUAUCAGAUCAUACAAAUAAAGUUAGAUGUCUAUCAUUAAACAUAUCAUAGAAUUAGUUGAUAUCAUGUGGUGAGGAUAAAUUGUUAUUAAUAAUCUCAUUAGAUAAUAAUAAAAGAUGGAAUACAAUCUAAAAGAUAUCAGUUGAAUAUUAUGGAUAUAGUUUAUGUUUCAUUACUGAUUAAAUGUUUACAUUUUAGCCUAAAUAAAUAAAUAUCAUGCAUAUCUAUGAACUAAGUACAUUAAGUUAAUAAUUUAUUAAAAUUGAAAAAGAAGUAAGCAUAAAGUCAGAUGCUGAUUGUUCGUCAUUAUUCCCUUAAAAAUUCAUAAAAGAAAAAUAAAUUCUACUAAAUAAAAAUGGAUAAAAUGUAAAUUUAAUUAGGCUUCACAGUAAUGGUUUAUUCAAAACAGAAUAAUCUAUUGAGAAUAAAGGUGAUUGUUGUGGAUUAUUUGGUACUAUAUCAAAUGAUGGAAAUUAUUUAGUCACAUAUGAGAGUGCUAAUAAAGAAAUAAAAGUAAGAAAAUAUAGAGAAAAUUGA